AGAAAGAAGAAGGCCCAUGCACUUUUUUGGUCGACGUCGAGCCUCUCGUCUUCUGUGAAUCAUCGGAAGCAGAAGGCUUUACCGUGUUCAAGACAGCUCGUCUAGGCGUCUAGUGCAGCGUUUACUGCAUCGCAGCACCGAAGUAGCCACCAGAUUUCUUCGGCUCACCGUGAGCCUGAGCGAAAUGACCGGAUUCGAAGUUCAUCUCUACGUGUACGACCUGUCCAAGGGACUGGCCAAGAAACUUUCUCCCGCUCUCCUGGGAAAGCAGUUGCCCGGCGUGUGGCACACGAGCAUCGUCGUCCGCGGCACGGAAUACUUCUUCGGCUCGACGGGCAUCGAUAGCUGCCCGGCGGGAAAGACCAUCCUCCAGGAACCGGACAAGGUCAUAAGCCUCGGUCGCACGGAGCUGCCUCACGGCGUGUUCUUGGAGUACAUCCGCGAACUAGGCGAGUCCAGCUACAAGGGCAGCACGUACAACCUGUUCCGCCACAACUGCAACAACUUUUCGCAAGACGUCGCCCUGUUCCUGACCGGCAAGUCCAUCCCGCGAGAGAUCCUGGAACUCCCCGACGAGUUUCUGCGCACGCCGAUGGGCAGCACGCUGGUGCCUUUCUUCGAGCGCCUCGCGAUUGCCGUCGACAGGGCGCCGGGACAGGAUUCUCCUGGCGGAGCACACCAAAGGCCCAAGAGUUCGUCCUCCCCAAGCCGUCAGAAGCCUGGCUCUGCUCACGGUAGGGCGUCUGGAGAAACGAGUCCAGGUACGGGGAGCGAGGAAGAGCGCGAUGAUGAGAGCGGUGGCGACCAACCGAUCUUCUACCCUCGGGUCGACGGUAUCGCCGCUUUGAAGGAGCUCGAAGGACACCUCAAAAGAACCGCCAUCACCGAAAGCGAGCGCUCGCAGCUGGGCCACCUCCGCGAGUACCUCGUCAAGGGCCACGGAGCUUGGGCGCUCGGCCCAGAGCUGCUCGACCUGUUCGAAAAGCUGCUGACGUCGCACGACGUGAAGUGCGCGGCGCGGCUGUCGCUACUGCGAGUGCUGCAGGCGGCGGCGCUGAUCAAGGACGUCAUCCUCCUCCUGCACCAGGACCGCAGGACGCACGUCAUCAUGAACUACGUCAACCGAAUCGCGAAGCUUUCUCCCCAGGAGCAGGACGAAGUGCUCAAGUUGCUCUGUAACCUGUGCAGCCACGUCGCCAGCUGCGAGUGGCUGCUGUACAUAACCGAGUGGCGAGACAACAGGGGCCGGAUAUGCAGCAACGCUAAAGCCACUGUCCGCGCCGUGGUCCACGGGCUUCUUAGCGACCGGCUGAUCGCGCAGGAGUUCGCCGCCGCGCUCGUCUUCGAUCUCACCACGAGGGAGCUGUUCGAUGACGCUGCCGAGGAGCUGUCCGCGGCCAUCACACAGUUUUUGCAGGGCGAUCUCAGCGAGGAACUGGUUUACCGCGCUUUGACGGCCUUACAUCGCCUUCUGCGGGUCAGCUACAAUGACGUGUCCGCAAAAAUCCGGAAGAUCACGCCGUACCUGCAGAAGUUGUCCGGCUCUUCCGAGCGUGUCAAGAAGCUGGUCAGUCAUAUCCGCAGUAGGAUAUCGGCCUCGACAUCAGCAUCACGGAAGUGAUUAGACGUUUCCGUACACAGCGCAUAUUCUGCAACAGAAAAUAAAUAAACAGA